AUGACAGGUCAAAGCAGGUUGGGACGCUUCUUUUGGGCACUCCUAGUUGCUCAUGAGGUUGUCGCCCAGAAUGGCACCUCGGCUAAGGGCAUCGUGGUCGACGGCACCUCCUUUGCUCUCAAUGGCCAUCACUCCUCGUACCGCUUCCAUGUGGAAGAAGACACGGGCGACCUGAUCACCGACCACUUUGGCGCCUUUGCUCUCGAGUCCAUCCCCGUCAUUCCCGUCUCGCCAAACGGCUGGGUUGGCCACAUUGGCCGCGUCAGGCGCGAGUACCCCGAGUUCGGCCGUGGCGACUACCGCGUGCCCGCCGUUUCCAUACGCCAGUCCGAGGGCUACCCGACCAGCGACCUGCGCUACCAGUCCCACAGGGUCGUACCGGGCAAGCCUGGCCUCCCCGGCCUCCCCGCAACUUUCGGCACCGACGACGACGUCUCCACCCUAGUCGUGUCUCUCUUUGACAACUACAGCUCCAUCGCCGUGGACCUCUCAUACUCGGUUUUCCCCAAGUAUGAUGCCGUCGUACGCAGCGUCAACAUCACCAACCAAGGUCAUGGAAACAUCACAAUCGACAAGGCGGCAAGCAUCAGCGUCGACUUUCCACUUGGAGACAUGGAAAUGAUUGAGCUGAGGGGCGACUGGGCGCGAGAGGGGAUGAGAGUGCGACGCAAGGUGGACUACGGCACACAAGGCUUCGGGAGCACAACGGGAUACUCGUCACAUCUGCACAACCCGUUUGUGGCCCUUGUCUCACCCGAGACCACCGAGACACAAGGAGAGGCAUGGGGUUUCUCGCUCGUCUACACUGGCUCCUUCGCCGUCGAGGUCGAGAAGGGGUCUCAGGGGCUCACGCGGGCGGUGAUGGGGCUUAACCCUCAACAGCUCUCGUGGCCCUUGGGGCCGGGCGAGACGCUCACCACGCCCGAGGUUGUCGCCGUGUACUCGGCCGAGGGCGUGGGCGGCAUGUCACGCAAACUGCACCGCCUGCAGCGCAAUCACCUCAUGCGAGGCCGCUACGUCAAGGAAACGCGCCCGGCACUGCUCAACAGCUGGGAAGGUCUCUACUUUGACUUCAACGCGAGCACAAUCUACGAUCUGGCGCAGUCGUCGGCCCGGCUGGGCGUCAAGCUCUUUGUGCUCGACGACGGCUGGUUCGGAGUCGACUACCCCCGCGUCAACGACCGUGCCGGCCUGGGCGACUGGCAGGCGAACCCGGCGCGCUUUCCCGACGGCGGCCUGCCCGCGCUCGUGAACAAGGUGACGGACCUCGACGUGACCAACUCGUCCGAGAAGCUCCGCUUCGGCCUCUGGUUCGAGCCCGAGAUGGUCAACCCCAACUCGACGACGUACAGGAACCACCCCGACUGGGUCCUCCACGCCGGCAACUACCCUCGAACCCUGCGGCGAGACCAGCUCGUGCUCAACGUGGCCCUGCCCGAGGUGCAAGACUUUAUCAUCAAAUCCAUGUCGGACGUGCUCUCGUCGGCGCCCAUCUCGUACGUCAAGUGGGACAACAACCGCGGCUUCAUCGAGACGCCGUCCCCGGGCAUCGGGCACUCGUAUAUGCUGGGCCUAUACCGCGUCUUUGAGACGCUCACGACGCGAUUCCCCGACGUGCUGUUCGAGGGCUGCGCGUCGGGCGGCGGGCGCGUCGACCCGGGGGUGCUGCACUAUUUCCCGCAGGUGUGGACGUCGGACAACACGGACGGGCUCGACCGCGUCUUUAUCCAGUUCGGCACCUCGCUGGCCUACCCGCCCGCCGCCAUGGGCGCCCACAUCUCGGCCGUCCCCAACCACCAGAACGGCCGGACCGUGCCCUUCACCUUCCGGGCCCACGUCGCCAUGAUGGGGGGCUCGUUCGGGCUCGAGCUCAAGCCGUCCGACAUACCCGCCGCCGACCGCGCCCUGCUGCCGGGCCUCAUGGCCCUGGCCGAGCAGGUCAACCCGGUCGUCAUACGCGGCGACCUGUGGCGGCUGGCCCUACCCGAGGAGUCAAACUGGCCGGCUGCUCUGAUGGUCGCGGAGGACGGGUCCCGGGCGGUGCUGUUCUACUUCCAGCUGCGCGCGACCGUCAACCAAGUCAAGCCGCGCCUGAGGUUAAGGGGGCUAGACGCGACGGCAUCGUAUCGCCUAGAUGGGAACAGCACAAACACGUACGCGGGGUCGACGCUGAUGAGCACUGGGCUAGAGUACAGCUUCAGUGGGGAUUAUGGCAGUCACGUUGUCCAGCUGGACAGGGUUUGAUGCAACGCGUGCAUCGGGUCAUGGGGAAUGCAUCGGGUCAUGGGAGAAGAGGAAUGGGGGAUGGUGUGAGGUGGGGCCGAAGUGGGGCCAAAGG